AUACAUACUCUUCAACUGUUAUUACCAGCUGUGGCGUAUAUCACUUUCAACUCUUAUGUAAUCGGUAUAACCUACUAUUAUGCAGAUAAUUUCUCGCACGAGAGCUUAAAAGUUGCCUAUGCCGCCUAUGACACUCCGUGGUAUGAGGGAAAUCCAGAAUUACGCAAAUGUGUGCAGAUUAUGAUCGCCAGAAGCCAUAAGCCACUUGAAAUUAAGGCUGGUGGACUCUUACCGAUGACCUUGGAGAACUUUCAAGCUAUUUUGCGUAUAUCGUACUCCUAUUUUUCGAUGCUGCAAGGCUUCAGUCAAAAAUAAUUUAGAAAAUUAAGAUUUAAAGUAUUGUAGAACCACUAG